AUGGCAGUGGAACUAGUGAUUGUAAGCACGAGAGUACAAUCAGCUAAUUACACUGCCUACAAACCGAGCACCGGGCGCCCGCGGGCUCGAAGCUCUCAGACGGUUCGCAGCGCCGACGCGGUGUCCCCGAGCAGGCGGGCGGGAGGGAUCGGGCCCGCCGCGACCCCACAUUUCCCCGGGGGCGACACCCGACACUGCCGGGGCGCGAGGCCCAGGACGCGGGUCCCCAGAAGUCGCCUCCGAGCCGCCCCCCAGCGACUCUCGCUCGGCCCGUGGGGCUGCGCGGGACCCCCGCCGGACGUGCGGCGCACGCUUGGCGAGGCCGGCGGGCAGCGCUCCAGCGGGAACCUGCCGCCCGCGGGUUCGGCCCCCACCCCAGGCCCAGGUGACUCCCGGGGGCCCCCGGCCGGCUGGCCCCACCUGGGCCACCGAGCCCCCGACCCCGCGUCCCCGGCCCGCGAUCUCCCCUCCUCCCGGGGCUCUGCCUCUCAGGUUCCCUUCCUUCCCUUCCCUUUCCCCUCCGCUCUCCUUGGGCCGGCUCCCACCUCCCUCAGCCGGGCCCGGCCAGCCCCAGGAAACUUCUCUUCAGUUCUGGGCCCCAACCCUUCGAGCCGGCUCUUUCGACCCCGUGCGCCCCGCCGCUCCGAGUGGCCAAGUGACCGUGGCCGUGGCCGACCAACCGCCCUCGGAACCCCGCGGGUGGAGGGGGCGGGGCGGGCGCGAGGGGGCCGGGUGGGGGAGGGGCGGGUGGGGGCGGGGAGGACGCCGCCUGCCGGGGCGCGGGGCGGGCGCUGGUCCGGACGAGGCCCCGGACCGGGAGGCGCGGAUCUUGGGAAGCUGUUUUUCCUCAUCUAUCGGGAGGGACGAGGAGCUCCCUCUCUCCGACCCCCCCUCCCACCCCUCCAAGAAACCCCAGGCCCUCCUCCCAGUUUUCAAAACCCAUCCCCGUCAGGGAAAACGGCUUGCUGGAGUAUCAGCUGGUUGGCUCCAGGUUUCUGA